UUCCCUUUAUGGGAAGGCCUGAGAUCCGCCUCCAGGUGGGUCUGAUUGGGACCUGCCUCGUGGUUCCAGAGCAGCGGGCAUGUGCCUGGUCCCCCGUGGUUCGGGGCUGGUAGUUUGCCGGAGACACAAACACUACUCUUCAGUUACCUAAAGAAAGAAGUUAAAGCCCGACUCUUCUGUGAGGAUAAUGGCUGGUUAUGUACCAUUUGUCUUAGAUACCAAAGGAUAUUCAGAUAGCAGGCUGCUUACUGGCUACAGGGAGAAAUGAAAAAAAAAAAAAAAAGCACAGUUGAAAAUGGCACCUACAGAUCAAACUGGGCCUCUGAUUAUAAAGAACAUUUUGAAGGUUAGUUGAGGAAGCAGAUGAAGACAUUAAUUUUUACCUUGUGGACACCUGGAUUGGAAGUAAAAAAAAAAUUGCUGUGUCAUCCAAGUUCUCUGGCACAAAUAGUCUCUGGAGGGACCCAGGAUCUACAGAGCAGAAUUCAGGUGUUUUGGAGCACUGGAGCUCCGGCAGCAUGAAGCGACUCCCGAUGCUUUGGUCAGCCCUACAACUGGAAGGCGAGAGCAGCAUGAAGGUGACCCUGAACACGGGCAGCCCCGCAGCCGGACCCGCGCUGCACCGGCACGCCUCCCGCUUUGUGGAUAGAUGAGCAUAUGGCAGAUAACCUUGGAGAUGGAGGCCCAGAAGCAGCCUGGUUUUACAGUAGCACUAGUAGAGGGACCAGUUCCAACCUCUGCUCGUCAGCCCGCCAAGGGUUCUCCAGAUGUCAGACAAGGCAGAGUGAUUCCUCAACAGGAACAAGCACUGUCUCAACCUGUGUAUCUAAAAGCCCUUACCAUACCACUGUACCAGCCUGUCCAGGCAGGCUGCUUCCAGCCAAAUGGUCAGUUGGUGACUGGCAGAAGCUGUGUAAAUCUAGACAGCAGUAACAUUCCUCUCAUCCUGAAUCCACUUGUUCCUUCAGAAGGCACAGAUCAGCCUCAGCCAGUUUUUCAGAAACAACUUGGGCAAACUCUAACACUGAAUAUUGUGAGCACUUUACCAGUUCUAUCAUCACCAACUUCUUGUGUAAACGUGCCUGUUGGAAGCCCAGGAAAAUCAAAAAAAGCUGGGAAAUAUAUCUGUAAACACUGUGGACGAGAUUGUUUGAAGCCAAGUGUCCUAGAGAAACACAUUCGCUCUCACACAGGAGAGAGGCCCUUUCCAUGCACCGCUUGUGGCAUUGCGUUUAAAACUCAAAGCAAUUUGUAUAAACACAGAAGAACUCAAACACAUGUCAACAAUACCAGGCUGCCCUCAGAUUCUGACAGCAGUGGCAUCUCAGAGCAAAAUGAGAAAUCGACAGAGGGCAUCGCAUCACAUCAAGGCAGCAAACUACCUAGUAGCUCCUCUGAAGACAAGGGGAUACAGACGAAAAAAGGGAGUUCAGAGACCAGUGCUGGAACAGACACUAAGAAACUUCUUAAUGACCUUUCACUGCCAGCAACUAGCAAUUCAUCACUUGCUUCAGAAAAUCAAGAAACAGCAAAUCAGUCCAUUAGUUCAAAGGCUAAUCAGGGGGCUCCUGAAAGAGAACCUCAAAUUUCAUCAUCUCCAGGAGCUUUGCCAAAUAGUCAGUGCCAGAGAAAGAAGAUACAGGAGCAAAGAACUCCAACUGUCAAUAAGCAUAUUCAGUUGCAAAGGCAGCAAGCAACCUCUUCAGAAAAACAGUGGGAUUACAAGCCAUUUGAGUGCAAGCUAAAGAAGUGUGAGAGCACUGACUCAGGGUAUCUGUCACGCUCUGAUAGCACAGAACAACAGAUGGCAUCAUCCAGCCCAUUGCACAGUCUCUGUGAACACAGCACAGAACUGGAAAAUGAAACUGCCUUCAGCAGCCCAAGGUGUACCUCCGGAAGCAGUGCAAAGCCAGAUGCAGCUGAGAAAGCUACAGCCUUGAUGCUAGAGAAAAAGAGGCUGGAAGAACACAUUUCAAAACUUAUUUCUCAUAACAAAAGCGUGGUGGAUGAUACCCAGUUAGACAAUGUUAGGCCCAGAAAAACUGUCCUUUCUAAACAGGGAAGCAUUGAUCUGCCAAUGCCUUAUACAUACAAAGACUCUUUCCAUUUUGACAUCAGAACUUGUGAUGUAAAUAGGAAAAAGAAUCUUUCUUUUUGUCCAGCAAAAACUACCUUUGCACCCCUAGAAAAAUGCAAGCCAGUGCUUUUUCAUUCAGUUCCCACCCAGUUCUCCACAGUGGCAGACACUGUGCCUGUUACACGGAGCAACUCUCUGCCAUUUGUGGAGGGCACAAGAAUGGUACAUGACAAAGCAGGUUGCUCUAAACCACUUUCUCUUACUAAGCAGUCUAUAAACACAGGCACUGCUGGUUUGCUGCCUAGCAACAAUCUUGCUGCAAAUUCAGUGGAUUUUCCUAACAGCCAUUCCCGAACUCUAGUCAGACAAACAGCAGUGGAUGAUUUGCCACUAAGUAAUGUGGUUGAUCAUCAUCCUCCUCCGGAGGAACUGCAAGGGAGUAGAAAGCUUGGGGCUGGAGAAGUAAUCAGUGCUAAAAAUAAGAAACACAAUCAAAGGAAGUUAAAGAUGUUCUCUCAAGAAAAAUGGCAAAUGUAUGGAGAUGAAACAUUUAAGAAAAUCUACCAAAAAAUGAAAAGCAGUCAAAGUGCCAAGAAAAUAAAACAAAGGAGGAAUAAGGUUACAGAUAUUACAAGCUUCAGUAGUGAUUCAAAGGAAUCUGUCAGCAGUACUGAAAUUACUGAGGAACGAGAUGGAAAGAGCUCUGAAAGUGACAGUCCUUCCUCCCUUGUGACAACAGGUUUAAACACUGCUAAAUCAGAAACCUGCACUACAGGUAAUCAUAUUCUACUGACUGUGUCCUCUGAAAAAACUGCAGACAGUGCAAUCUGUGUGAUGGAGACAUCACAUUCAGUGAACACUCGUGCAGGUGCUGUCAUGAGCAAAGCUUCCCAGGACCUCUGGGGCAGUGACACACAUGAGUACACAGGUGGCAACAGCACAUUACCAGCUCCAAGCAGUUGUGAGCUCAGGCUUCAAAAUACUCAGUGUCAGCUGAACUCUGACAGGAGUGGUGACUGCUUGCCAGUACAGAGUAGCAAAUGGGAAAACCCAAGUCCUGGGAAAGAAUCCAGUACAUUUGAAUCAGAUUGUAAAAGCACUUCAAAGAAUUACAGAAACCAUGGCCAGAAUAAGGAAACUGGCCAGCAUGCCCUGACACCCCCGUGGGUCCAUUGCAACAACAACAGAGAAGCCGCAGGGAAAUCCCAGAAUUUACCAUCAGAAAGAAAAAAACUGAAAUUUGAAGUGGAGAAGACACAAAACAUUAUUUCAAAGUCCUGUCUUAGUCCCAGUAGUACAAACAAUGCCGUAAAUGAAGCAGAGCAUGUCUAUUGCACUAGCAUCCAGUGUCUUUCCACAGCACCAGUGAAAUUCUCCAGUAAAGCAGAGGAACAAAAAUUAAGCACAGGAAUUAAUGAAUCCACUGGAGGUACUGAGAAUGUGGAAUAUAUUAAGACAAUCAAACUCCCCACUAAAGCUCUUAAUUACAGUGAUGUUAACCUUUUGCAGUCAGCAGGUAUCUCAAAAGCUUCACAUGUGGGAUUUUUAGGACCUGAAUUAAGGGGAAGUGAUUGCAAUUCUUUUGCCUUGCACAAUGCAACAGAUAAAGAUGUCAUAACAUGCCUUGAGAAAACAGGAGCAGAAGUACCGCUUUCCGAUGACAAUGCUGGUGAUGUGUCUUCUAAAAUUAAUCACCUGCAAAGUGGUCAUUUAACUUCAGUCCCACAACAAAAUUCCUUUUCUCCAAAAUACAUCCUUAAAUUGCCACAAGGCAAGACAGCCUCAGAUUUGUUGCUGUCACUUAGAUCAGAACAGAAGAUGACACCUUGCACAGCUGUGACAGACACCUUAACCAGCCUGCCCUGCUCUUCCAACAGUGGAUCAUUGGGUUCUCAUUCUAACGAUCUAGUUUGGUCCCCUUUAAAAUCUGAAGUGACACAAAAGGCCAAUAAAGGAGGGCCACGAUGGAAUGCACAUGCAAACUGGAAAACUCCAUUAUUUUGUUCACCAGUCAAUUCCAGUGAAACAGAAACAAAAGAUAUCUCAAACACAGCAGAAAACACCUUUUAUGACCAAAACUUCAGGCAGCAGGAUAUUAUAAAAGAUGCUUGGAAAAACAAACAGAACAAAAAUAAAUUAAAUUAUCAAAAGCAAACAGAAGAGAAGUGGAUGAGCCUAACUGCUUCCUCUGCACAGAUCCCAAAGAAGAAAAUAUGCUUUACUUCUGUGUAUACAAGUGGUUUUUUCAUACCAGCUGACAUCAAAGAAGAGAGGAAGACUUCACAAAAUCUUUGCUCAGGAAGUGACUCCUUGAUAAUGACAUCAGCUUCCAGCAAGGGUGCAGAGCCAGCAGUUGUGGGAUGGGACAGAGGUGGAGGUCGGUGCAUUCUUAAGGACAUGUCACCAGCGCUGCAGGACACACAGCGCCCUCAGAGCCCAACGGACAACCUCCCCUCUUUUUGCCAUUCCUUCAGCACUUUUUAUUGCCACACUCUCACUGCUCACUGUAAAGAAUUCCCAGCACUGCCCCACAAUGAUCUGACUUGCUACUCUGGAAGUUUAACAGUAUCAAGCAUGAAAAGCACCUUCCCAUCACUAAAUGCAGAACCUCAACUAACUUGGUGCUGUUUAACAAGAAGCCUUCCUCUGCCUGCUGAGCAGAAGGGGAAUGCAGACUCUGCCUACUCCUCCGUGCACACCUGGGCCAAGGGAUGCAGCAAUGAAUGCCCACUGUCAAAAUACGAUAUUUCUAUUUUCAAGAUGAAAAAUGUUAGCAAGACUGUGGCAUAUACCUUAACAAACGGGAGUUUAGAAACUCUGGUUUCAUCCUUUUCUAAAGGACAACAGAUGCAGGAGUAUCCUCAACAGUUCAGCUCAGCAGCUCCUGGUGAUGCUUUCAAAAACAUUUCAGAGCAAAAGAAGAAAACAGUAGUUUGCAAAAAGGAAAAAAUCUCAACAAAUAAACUCAAGAGGAGCCACAAACAGAAAAAGAUUAAAGUCACCCCCAAAUGGUGCAGAGGGAGGCACGUCCAUGGACACGCUCAGCUGAACCAACGCAGCAAGCGACACUGUUUUCCCAAUAGAGCCCUGGAUUCUUUGAAAAAGGGCUACUCAUCACAACCCUGUAACUUCAGGAAGUAUAAAUGCCAUUCUCCUCAAUCAAAGGAACAAGAAAAUUACCUACACGAGCAGAAAGACACAUCUUUUUCCACUUCAGACAAGCCAUUUUGCAGAAGGAAAAAAGAAGGAAAGAAUAACCCAGGAGUAUUUUCCUAUACUGAAAAUCUAAACCAUGUUAAGCAAAAAGACAAAAUGGAUAAAAAAGACAUUUCUGGGCAAAUCAGGGAACACACAAGAACAAACUUCUCUUUUCAGAACUUUACAGCUCCUCUGGAAAUACCUGUGACAGCUCAUUCCUGUUCACCCACAGUUAGUACAGCCACCCAGCACAUCAGCCAGGCUGUGGAAAUCUGCUGUUUAGUGACACAAUCACUGGUGCUUCAGCACGCGGUGCCAGGGGAGGCACCGCCAAACCUUCAGACUGACUCAAGGGAAUCUUCUGCUUGGUCUGGCCCUUCUGAUUUUGCAAAUACAGGCACAGGUGACCAAACUGACAGCACAAACUUAGAGACUACGGAUCCUCUUUCUUUACAUCUAGAAACAACCCAGGAAAAUGUACUACACGUAGAGUCAGAGAAUCAAAGGGUUGGUACAUUAGACUCAGUGAUCCAGGCCUCAGGAAGGGAGAAACCUCCAGCUGAAGAAAACACAUACUCAUCUCCAAAAGAAAACUCAGCUCCCAGUUCCCAGCCUGGAUGUUCACGUUUCUUUGGCUCAAAAGUGGAGUCUUCUCCCGAGUCAGCCACAACAGCUAAAUCACCCAGUACAGAAUACACAGAGCGGACAAACUUUUCUCAAAAAAUCCUUGACUUUCAGAGAAGGGCAGACAAGAAUGGAACCCACCUGCAGCCAAAUAGUUAUGGAAGGCCACACGAAGCAGCUAUUACUGCCUUAAGGAAGUCCCCAAUUUAUCUCAGGUCCCCCGAGUUUAACACUUAUUCUGCAACACCUUGCAAGACGUACAAGAAGAGAGGUUUAGAGAUGAUGAGGAAGCAAACCAGAGUUGAGUAUGACGACACUAGCAGUGAUGAUGAAGAUAGGCUUGUUAUAGAAAUAUAGCAGACAGGCUGCUAACAAGAUGCUUGUAUGAAAAUGGCCCAUGAGAGAAGAAAAUACCAUGGAUGUUUGAGCUGUAUUUCUGAAACACCUUAAAAUCAGGAAAGCCAUUCCUCUGUGCAACAGGCAGCAUCCUCUUCUGGGGAGUCCUUUCUUUCAAGGACUCAGAGUUUUUUUAAAAAGCUUAUUUAAAGCAAAGAUGGAGCAGGCAUCAUGCAUUUAAAUGCAAGUGGUGAACCUGUGUUAAUGAGGGGUUUCCAGUAUUGUUAAGAUUCUUACCAGUCUUACGUAAUUCCCACAAGAACUAGCUCCAGUGGUUGUAUUAGUACUAAAAGGCUGCAGUGUGUUUAUUUACUGCUAAUGAUAUUAUAGCAGCAGCUUCCUCAAUACCUGAGGUAAGAUUUCCUGGAAGGGAAUGGAUGUGUUGUCUUCUAUGUACUCCUCUUUCUUGUAAUCACUGCCAUCAGUACUGGGAGUGAUACAGUGCCAUAAGGGGAAGAUCUGUUCCCUAAGUAUCUGUGAUAUUGGAAGAGUCUGAAAAAAUGCUGAUGUUUUUCCAUGUUGCACAAAUGUCAGUGCUUCUUUGUAACAAAUGACACAAGCAUGCUUUGCUUUGUGUUUUGUGCCUUUUAUGCCAAGAUCUACUCAAAUAUUCUUGAUUUCUAGUUGGAGAAUAUGGGUGUUAUCUAUUGGUAUUUCCAUGUGGUAAAAUUUAUGACAAGGAUUUUCUCAUUACAUUCAUGACAUUGUGCCCCAACCAAUGUAAUCUGUUUUUUAUUGUAAUAUUUUAUUGUAAUCUAAAGUUUAACUGUAAUGAUGCUAUUUUACUGACAGUAAAGAAGCUAUAUGGCAUAGCUUGUUUUCUUUUUUUUACAAGAAGUUCUGUGCUAUGAACCCUAAAACUUACUGGUUUCUAUGUGAAUAAAUAAUUGUAUAUUUUAAUUUGA